AUGGUGGAUGUGUUCAUUGAGCAGUGCACAAGGCCCUUGGAAAAGGAUGAAGACGAUGAAGUAGAAGUCACUGCAAGGACUCUAGAAAGAGCAUGCGGUGGUGACAUUGGUAGAGAAGUUAUUGAGGAAGUUGAAAUUCGUGAAGUUAGUGAGGAAGAUGCAGAUGAGGACUUUAAUGUUGCAAGAGAUUCGGAGGAUUUGGGUGGGGAGUUUGAUAAGACCAUAGGAGGUGGUGAUGAUGACAAUGAUGAAGAUAAUGAUGGUGAUAAUGGUGAUGAUAAAGAUGUCGAUGGUGUUAAUUGUGACUUGAAUUUCAUUGAUGCUUGA